AUGAGCAGCAGUCACACACAGUUAACCUCAAGAACUGGAAGUGUUUGUGAGUCAACGAAGCUUCACAACCUCACUGCCAGAUUCUACUUUUGUCAAAGACAGGCGAUAUAAAGAGUGAUUAGGUUCAGUUUAGUGAUCUUAAAAUUCACAGUAAAGUGAGCUAAAGGUCUCAACACGCUCGACUCCUCAGCCUGACUGCAAGACGCCUGCACCCAGGAUGACUCUGCAACCAUUAAAGCCAGUCAACUGCGAAAAUCUUCUGCAACCUGGCUGUUCUCUUCUGCAGCUUGACGGUGAAGUUCUCCUGUUUGGCCAGAAAGGAUGGCCAAAGCGCUCCUGUCCAACAGGAGUAUUUGGUGUGCGCUUGAAACAUGGUGAGCUGAGGUUGAGAGCCAUAUCUUUCUCCAAUGACUCCCAGUACCUUCCUCCUUUGCGUUAUCCUGCCGUUUGCCGCCUUGAUCCACAUGAUGGUCUCCCGGAGAGUUAUCUCAUCCACGGUGGCCGCACCCCCAACAAUGACAUCUCAACAAGUCUUUAUGCACUGAGCAUGGAUAGUCGUGGCUGCAAUCGCAAACUGACCCUGAAGUGUAAAGAGAAAGAACUAGUUGGAGAAGUGCCAGGUGCUAGAUAUGGCCACACAGUCACGGUAGUUCAGAGCAAAGGGAAGACGGCCUUUGUAGUUUUUGGUGGAAGGUCCUACAUGCCUGCAAAAGAGAGGACCUCAGAGAACUGGAAUUGUGUCAUUGAUUGUCCUCCUCAAGUGUUCUUGUUCGACAUGCAGUUUGGUUGUUGUUCUGCUUACACUUUUCCAGAGCUCUGUGAUGGACAGUCAUUCCACGUGGCCCUUGCGAGAGAGGACCGUGUUUACAUCCUCGGCGGUCACUCUUUGAAAAGUGACGGCCGGCCACCUCGGCUCUUUUGUCUGCACGUCGAACUCCUGCAAGGUUGUCCAUUAUUGUCGUGUGAGCUUCUCGACUUUGGUCUGUCCAUCUCAAGCGCUAUGAUCACUCGCACAGGCCCCGCUCACAAGUAUAUUAUAAUAGGAGGGUAUCAAUUUAACUCACAAAAAAGAAUGGAGUGCAGUACUGUCAUUCUGGAUGAGAAGGGGAUUCACAUAGAACCUCUUGACCCCCCAAACUGGACUCCAGAUAUCCUUCACAGUGGGACUUGGUAUGGCGGUGCCGCAGGGGAACAAAGUAUGUUACUAGCUGUACCAAGUGAGGGCAGGUCGUGCCAAACAAAUAUGAAUUACAUUUAUCUAGUAAACUUCCAGAAAGAGGUCGACAGCAAAGAAGAGCAGCAGGGUUGCAGCCAAGAGCUAACAGACAAUUCCACUCCUCUCGAAGAUUCAGAUGAGCUCUAUUUUGGCCGUGAGCCUCAAGAGCUUGAUGAUAGUAGUGAGGGUGAAGGUAAUACCUACAAUGAGAAAGAUGAGGAGGAUGAGUCGCAAUAUGGCUACUGGAUCAAAUGUUGCCGUGGUUGUCAGCUGGAUGUCAAUACAUGGGAGCCGUAUUACUCCACUGAGCUCCAAUGGCCAGCCAUGAUCUUUUGUUCCAAAAGAGAGGCCGGACACUGGGUCCAUGCCCAGUGCAUGGGGCUGUCUGAAACAAUGCUCCUCGAACUGUCGCAGGGAAACAAAAAAUACUUCUGCCGAGAACACGGGGGUCUUCCGAAGCAGGAGAUGACCCCACCUCAAAAGGUUAUACCACUAACACAUAAGCCUUUAAAAGUCAAGCAAAGGAAAUCGCAGACAUCCCUCAAGAUGCCCAGAGCCAAAAAAGUUUUCAGGAGACUUUUUGAUUAACAAGUUUAUUAUGUAGUGAAAUAAUAACUAAGAAUGAAUUAUCCAUGUGUAAAAUGUGUCUUUUGUCAAGCAGAGCGGGGGUCACUAAACCUUUAUGAAGCUAAGAGCUCAUUCUUUGGUAGAUUGCCUAAAAGUUUAAUACAUAUUUCUGAAACAUUUUUUCCCAAAUGAUCUAACAGGUAAUGUUAAUAAUGUUAUUAUCUUGUUAUUAAGGACAAAUUCAUUUAUCGUAUUGUCUGCACUACAAGGUGCACUUAUCUUGAAAAUUAAUGGUACUCCUUUUAAUAAACAGGUCACUUGUCAUCAUAACUGUAUGUAUAAAUGUAUUCGAUUUUACCUCCAACUUUUUAUACUGAUUCAAAUAACACCAGAAAAAACACCAGUGAUUAAGAUGAUAAAUUGUUAAUUUUCACUGCCCCUGAUGUUGAUAUUCAUUUUUAUUAGAUUUGGAAAUUUUAUUGCUUGCUUGUUUGUUUGUUUUUCCUAAUUGUUUACAAUUGCUCUCAGUGACCGUAGUGAACUAAUCAUUGAAUAACACUUUCUUAUUCAUUUUAUGAAAAAAUAAAUGAAUCAACAAGA